GUGAGCUUGGGUCAUUCUUAGUUACCUCCACCUCCAUAGCUGGGCUGAUACCUUCCUUAUCUAGGUGCCGAGCUCGCACCUCCCUCCCAUCAUUUAUUCCGACAACUCAUAUCUCGCCUCUCGAUAUCUCACAACCACUAUCCUUCUCAAGACGCAUCGCUUGAACGAUGGUGGCACCCAUUAUGGAGCCUUUCUCGUUUGCGACGUCGAAUGCGCUCAACUUCCCAGUCAACAUUCGAAUUAUAAAUCUCGAGGGCGAAGAGACACCUCUCCUAUUUUCCACCCGGGUCGACCACCCAGAGGUGCAACACACGGGUUCCAUCCAAAGUCCUCACUCGGACAUCUAUGUCACCGUCCAGGUCUGGGCCGGUUCCAAACCCCUGACCGUCCCUGUCCAGACGGCCUACAAAUCUUUCCGCAACGAGAGGAGAUGGAAUGAAUGGUUGAGUCUGCCCAUCUACUAUUCCACACUGCCCCGGAACGCUCAGCUAGCCAUUACAAUCUGGGAUGUGUCGCCAACCGGGGAAGAGGGGGCUCAGGGGCAUGCGGUCCCCUUUGGCGGCACGACGCUCCCCAUCUUCGACAAGGAGAACCAAGUACACAAGGGCCGGUUGAAGUGCCGCGUAUACAGACACCAACCAGCAGAUGGCAACGACAACUCCACCACACCAGCUAUUCCCAACAUGAAGAAAACAUUCUCACGUAAGAGCGCGGCCGAGGUCGAGGACAAGGGGUCUGAUGAGCUUGAGCUUGAUCGCAUGGAGAAGCUGUUCAAGAAGCACGAGAUGGGCGAGAUCCCGCGCAUUGACUGGCUCGACCAGCUAGUGUUCCGGGGUUUUGAGAAACGGGGGAGCCAGGCUGCACGGUCUUCACUCAAAGCCACCCAGCGCCAGCAGGCCGACUCGAGCAAUCCCUCGAAACUGCCCAAAGACGGCCAGGAGACUCCCAACGGCCCGUCCAGCCCGCCGCUAACAAGAUCGAGUCACCAGCUCAAUGUCGAGCUACCAAAGUUCGACUUUCCGCUUGUCUAUUCCGAUCACGAGUACCCAGCUCCGCCUGUUUCGUCCCUUCAGCACCUUUCAUCCUCACAGUCCAACAUAAUCCUGAAGCCGCCUCCAGAAGUCCACUAUGGCCCCGGAAUUAACGGGUUGGAUACCGACGACGACGGUGGCGGCCAGCUGAUUCGCGUGUACGACCCCGAGGUGGGGGCGAGGGACAAUCCGGCGGAAAGCAAACAUCGCAGGCUGGUUCGAAGUCAGCAUCGCAAUGGCAUCCUUGACAAGGAUCUGAAGCCGAAUGCUAAGGUCAGGGACGAGCUGAACCUUAUCAUGUCGUACUCGCCAACCCACACUCUGACCCCCGAGGAGAAGGACCUCAUCUGGAAGUUCCGCUACCACUUGACCAAGAACAAAAAGGCCCUCACCAAAUUCGUCAAGUCUGUCAAUUGGUCGGAUCUGGCCGAGUCAAAGCAAGCAGUGCAGGUUCUUGGGCGAUGGACCGAUAUUGACGUCGAGGACGCCCUGGAGCUGCUGGGUCCGACAUUUGAUAACUCUUCGGUGAGAGCUUUUGCCGUCGAGCGCCUCGGCAAGUCUGACGACCACGAGCUGCUACUGUAUCUUCUGCAGUUGGUGCAGGCUCUCAAGUACGAGCACAUUUCUCCACAGCCUGGCCACGACGUUUCCAAGGAUUCCUCCCUAGCCCGCUUUCUCAUUUCCAGGGCAGUCAACAGCCUCAUGCUUGGAAAUUACUUUUGGUGGUACGUAAUGGUCGAGCUUGACGACAAGUCGCCGGAUCAAGGGCCCGAGAACAUGGCUAUAUACGGCAAGGUGGCUUACGACUUCAUGGUCGAGCUCGUCAAGCUUCCCGGCGGCGUCGAGGCACGUAGAACUUUCCUGAGACAAGCCGAGUGGAUCACCAUGCUCUCCGAGAUCUCGGGCAAGAUCAAGGAAUCGAACGAGUCCAUGCCUAAGAGGACGGAGCGUGUCAAGCAAUUUCUGGGUGAUCCUAAGAAUGGCCUCGUCGCGAUUGAACCACCGCUCCCGCUCCCUCUUGACCCCUCAGUCGAGAUUACUGGCGUCUGCCCCGAGGAGACGAUUGUGUUCAAGUCGUCGUUGCAUCCCAUCAAGGUUGUCUUCAAGACAACGUCGGGACGCAAGUAUCCGAUCCUUUUCAAGAGGGGAGACGACCUUCGUCAGGACCAGCUCGUCAUCCAGAUUAUCAUGCUCAUGGAUAACCUCCUCCAGAAAGAAAACCUAGAUCUCAAGCUGUCCCCGUACAAGAUCUUGGCGACAAGCACGAGCGCGGGCCUGUCGCAGUUUGUGCCCUCGAUGAGCUUCCAGGGGAUCGCGUCUAAGUUCCGCAGCAAUCCCGCUCUCGCCUACCUCAAGCAGAACAACCCGGACAGCCAGGGACCCAUGGGUCUGCGCAAGGAGACGCUGGACACUUUUGUCAAGUCAUGCGCGGGGUAUUGUGUUAUUACGUAUAUUCUUGGAGUCGGAGACCGGCACCUGGACAACUUGUUGCUUGCUCCUGACGGGCAUUUUUUCCAUGCCGACUUUGGCUAUAUUCUCGGACGGGACCCGAAGCCCUUUGCCCCGGCCAUGAAGCUGUCCAAGGAAAUGGUAGACUGCAUGGGCGGGUCCAACUCGGAGCACUACCGGCAGUUCAAGCAAUACUGCUUUCUCGCUUACAGCGCCUUGCGCAAGAACAGCAACCUAAUCCUCAACCUCUUCAGCUUGAUGGUGGACGCCAACAUCCCAGACAUAAAGCUUGAGCCUGACAAGGCCGUCUUCAAGGUCCGGGAGCGCUUCCACCUCGAGCUAAGCGAAGAAGAUGCGAUUCGCCACCUCGAGCGGAUCAUGGAUGACAAUCUGAAUGCGCUUGUGCCCGUAGUUAUAGAUAAGCUCCACGAGCUCGUGCAGGCAUUUAGAACAUGAACUUUGCGUUUGGGAUGUUUGUUGGGGUGGUAUCUAUUUGGGGCUAUAGCGAAGGCGUUGGUUGUGGCGGCGUAUUCUGUACUUUUCCCUCUCGGGACUCUGGACCUGUUCAUCGGGCUAGGUACGUGGUUUCGAGAGUUGAUAUUCUGAUACGAAUGCCGCCGACUUGAGCUAGCGAGAAAUAGCGUGGAUCUAAACCCGUCU